GUUUUGAGAGACGGCGGCUAGAUGGCGCUAGUGGAACGUGCACCGGACGCAUCAUUAUCGACAGUCCAAUAUUGUAACGGUUCUCCCCGCCAAGCGAUCGCCUUUAUAAGGAGCCGCGCUUUUGAGUCGACACGCAUUUCAAACGGAUGCGUCUUGGUGCACGGACCACUGUCUCUCGACAGUCAGUACUGCACAGUUAUUGGACGUUGGAACGUUGUAUAAUUAGUACUGUCCUUAUUGCGGUGGGUGCGUGGAACCCUGUCUCUGACAGUCAGUACAGCCCUAUGUGACCGCCCUCACUGUCAUAUUUUGUAAUUGUUUAAUUUAUUAUAUUUCAUUUCUGUGUUUCUAGAUUUAAGAUAACCGAUUGUUCGACUGCAAUAAAUUUGUAUAAUACCUUAUCUGAGUUUUCCUUCUGAUGUCUGGGCCGAAUCCGACAUCAGAAGUGGGAUUGGAUUUUCCGCCCACGUCUGACACCUCGUCACAAAAUAUGCAAGAAAAUAUUCCGCUACCCUCAAAUAGUUUAGAAGCAUUUCUUUCAAAAUUAACUGAUGCUUUACUGCCCCGUUCCAAUGCACCACCACAUCCUGUCACGGUAUUGGUGCCGUUUGAUCCUGAUGACCCGAAUUCUGACAUAGAGGGAUGGUGUCGCCUGUCAGACGCCAUAAUUAGUAGUAAAAAUUUGAAAGGCGUAGAUUUAAUCAUGACGCUGACCCAUUGUCUACGAGGCCGUGCAGCCACGUUAUUGACCAAAAUACCUUCCAGUCAAUAUAAAUGGGAAGAUAUACAGGAGACUUUAAAAGCUCAGUUCUCUCGUCCUAUGCUGAUUCAGGAUCACUUUGACAGUAUCCUUAAAUUUCAAAUUAACGCUAAUGAGACCCCCGCUCAAGCAUGUUUACGACUUUGGCAAUUAAUUGAAAACAUCCCGGAUGCAAGUUUAUCUGAAAAGGUUGUGACGGGCUUUGCCAUUUCCGUAUUAUCUCAGUGCGAUGUUCAAAUACGUCGUGAACUGAACUCGACUGUUGUAAAUGAUAAAUCCCACCUAUUUCGAGUACUACGGGGUAUUUCCUUGAAAAGAAAGUCCGAAUUGUCAGAGUUAAAUGACCACGAUGUCAAACGCCCUCGCGCCACGUUCAGCUUUCGAGGCAGCUGCAACAUAUGUGGCAGGAUUGGGCAUCGUGGAGCUGAUUGCCGUGACAGAAACAAACCACAAGAUAAACGUGUCAACCAGAAGCCACACCCUACCUGCUACGUCUGCGGGGAGCCAGGCCACGUCGUCUCCACCUGCCCAAAAAGGAUUGACAAUACGAAGAAGGAACAAGUCGCUACUGGAAGCAAAGAAGUCAACGCGUGCUCGAAGAUUGUUCGAGAUUAAUGAAUACACUCGAGGACGACUGAUUUAUCAGAAUGGCCGUGACGGCAGCCACC